AUGCGGCUCUAUCUCCUUCCCAUCUCGACGCGGCGCACGCUUCUGUACUGCGAAAAGUUCAACCAACCGACGACCUCGAAGAAGAACCUGACAGACAAGGUAACGUCCCGGGCGACCAAGCUGUGGGCAGACUGGGAAAAGAAGGAGAACGGAUGGCAGAAGUCGGUCGUCCGAUACGGCAACAGCGCCUUGCGCAGGAUUCCGUAUGAGGAGUGGGGGCUGAAGUCGGUGCCUCCUCUUUCCAAGAAGAGGAGGGAUGAAGAGAGCAGCGGUCUAGAGAAGGUUAAGCUGGUGUACCCGGAAACGGCAAUACCUACGACGAAAGCCGCCGCCAUGCUGCAAACACUCGCAACCGAGCGGCAAGUGUUGCACAAAUCCAGGUUACUUUGGUGCUUUGUUGGCAUGCCCAUCAGCGCACCUUUCGCCCUUGUACCAGUAAUCCCUAACCUUCCCUUCUUCUACCUCGUUUACAGAGCGUGGUCACACUGGCGCGCAUGGGCAGGCGGCAAGCAUAUCCAAUUCCUCAUAUCGAACAACCUGCUGGCCCUAGCCCCGUCCCCCGUUUUGGAUACGAUAUACCCGCCCCCGCUGCCUUCAUCUGCACCCCUGCAAAGUCCCAAUGCGGUGGCAAGGGGCCCAAACGAACAAGACAAAACGGCACCCAGCGAUGACAAGACAACUGAAAAAGAAGAAGAAGAACAGCUGCUGCUAUCGCAGGCGACUGGGAAAGAACUGGUGAAAGCCUUGGAUCUCCCUGACCUCGAGGUAGAGAUAGAACGAGCCAUCUGGCAAGUCGAGAAAUCUAUCCGCGAGGACAAGGAAAAAGCCGUCACAAAAGGCGGUCAGCCAGUGUCACCUGCGGAGAAGCUCGCAAAUAAAAAUAAAAAGGAGUAG